AUGGGUAUCCUCGCUCUUAAUGAGGACAGGCCGACGCCUUCGUCCGUCUACAACUGGCGUGUCUACCUUCUCGCCGCCAUCGCAUCAUGUGGUUCCAACAUGAUCGGUUACACCAGUGCCUUCAUUGGUACUACGAUUGAUCUCACAUCCUUCAUGGAGGAAUUCGGCACCGAUAAACUGAGCUCUGCAGGACAGGACUUGGUCAGCGAAAAUAUUGUUUCCCUUUUCAUCGCCGGUGCCUUCUUUGGUGCCCUUGCCACAUACGGACUCAGCCACUGGAUUGGCCGCAAAUGGUGUUUGACUAUUGCCUCCGGAAUCUUCAUUGUCGGUGCCAUUCUCCAGGUUGUCGCUUCCAGCAAGACUGGUUUGGGUUGCUUAUACGCUGGUCGUGUCUUGUCCGGUCUGGGUACCGGUGUCGCCUCUAACAUUGUUCCUAUCUACCUUGCCGAGUUGGCUCCUCCUGCCAUUCGUGGUCGUCUUGUCGGUCUCUACGAGCUUGGCUGGCAAAUCGGUGGAAUGCUGGGCUUCUGGAUUAACUAUGGUGUUGAGCAACAUCUUCCUUCCGACCAUGAGCAGUGGGUUAUUCCUUUCGCCAUUCAGUUGAUUCCCUCUGGUAUGCUUUUCCUGGGCUCCAUCUGGAUGCGGGAAUCCCCCCGCUGGCUGUUCCUCCACGACCACCGCGCACAGGCCAUGAACAACCUCUGCUGGAUUCGCCAAUUGACUCCUAGCGAUAUCUACAUCACUGAGGAGGUUGCUGCUAUCGAUGCCGCUAUCGAGGAGCAGAAGGCUACUGUUGGUAUGGGAUUCUGGCAGCCAUUCAAGGCUCUCCGCGCCCGUCCUCUUCUCUGCUACCGUCUGUUCUUGGGAUGCAUGCUCUUCUUCUGGCAAAACGGAUCUGGUAUCAAUGCCAUCAACUACUACUCUCCCACCAUCUUCAAGUCUCUUGGUGUCCAAACUGACACUGUCGACAUCAUGACCGGUAUCUUCGGUGUUGUCAAGGCUGUCAUGACCGUCAUCUGGUUGCUUUUCCUUGUUGAUCAGUUCGGUCGUCGUAAGCUUUUGCUUGUUGGUGCUGUCACCGGCUCCAUCUGCAUGUGGAUCAUUGGUGCCUAUGUUUACAUCGUUGAGCCCACCAAGAAAAACCUCACCUCCCUCGAUGGCAGUGGUAUUGCCGCUAUCUUCUUCUUCUACCUGUGGACCGCCGUCUACACCCCCACCUGGAACGGUACCCCCUGGGUCAUCAACUCCGAGUUCUUCGACCCCAACUUCCGUUCCCUGGCCCAGGCUUGCACCACCGCAAGCAACUGGCUCUUCAACUUCCUCGUCUCCCGCUUCACUGAGCAGAUGUUUGCGACCAUGGGAUACGGAGUGUACAUGUUCUUCGCUGCGCUCUCCUUCCUCGCCUUCUUCUUCGCCUUCUUCCUCAUCCCCGAGACCUCCGGUAUCCCUCUGGAGAAGGUUGACCGUCUGUUCCAGUGCAAGCCUGUCUGGCGCGCCAACAAGCAGCUCCAGGAGAUUCUCCGCCAGGAGGAGGAGCAGUUCCGCUUCGACAUUAAGGACCAUGCUAUCCACCAGGAGAACCAGGAUGACUCUGAAGGCGCCGAGCGCGUCUAA